AACUUUUCCUCUGGGCAGGUUUUGAUAAAUCUCCCCCUUAGUCUUUUACAUAUGAGCAAGGAAUCCUGACUUGAGGGGUCGUCCAGUGAAGUGUGGCUUAUCUACUAAUAUUUGGGAGUGCCAGCAGGUCAUGUCGCAGGGGGUCCGACUGCUGGGACCUUCGCGAUCUCCCAAACAUUGACUGACUCUUUUGGCUUAAUGGAGCAGUGAGGCAAGCAUGCAGACUGCUGCUCUAUUCACUCUCUGGAGCCGUUGGAAAUACGUUUUAGGCACUAAAAUACCCCGUUUACUCAGAAAGUAAGUAGGGGUAAACAUUGGCCCUCAUUUACUAUUCUAAACCCGACUUGUUUUGUCGGGUUUUUUUGGCGCAUCUUUGUCUGCGACAUGUCGCAGACAUCGUGCGCCAGUCUGCGACACAAUGCAACGUUUUUUCCCGACGGACCCGAUGUGGAUUCUCCCAAACCCGAAAAAGGGGCGUAACCCGACAUUUCUGAGCUUUCCCACGUAUUUAUAAAGGUUUCCAAGCCGAAUUUGUUGAAUUGUUGUGGAUUUUUUCCCGACAGCUCAGAGGAGUUGGAAACCAAAACCUACAAAACCCACGUGCGACAAACAGGAUGCAACAUAAUAAUAAAUACCAGGGGGAAAAAGCAGUCGGUGCCCAUUUUAGCUAUUGCCAUGUCUACAUCCUCCCUCCUACAAGCAGGUGUGUUCAAUGCCAGGUGCCUGUAUAUAACCUGUCCCCCUUGGCAUAGUAUAGAUAAUGCCACUGGUGAAUGAGAGAAGAUUAUUACAGGGAUCCACUAACAAGCCAUCCACAGGGAGCAGUCACACUGUCUUUUUACUGAGAACCAUGUAUGGAUUUAUUAAUACCUGUUUAAAAUCACUUGUGAUCGAAAAAUUUGGGGAGGACACCUGGCAAGAAUUAAAAAUCCUUGCUGAGGUCCAGGAUACAUUUAUGACUUAUGAAGUUUAUGAUGAUGUAAUUACACUGAGAAUGGUCAAAGAAGCUUGCAAAAUGCUUAGUCUAUCUGAAGAAGAAGUCCUGAAGCUAUUUGGAGCUUAUUUCUUCUCCUUCUGUAAGCAGUCUGGAUACGAUCGAAUGUUAAGAACUUUGGGAGGGAAUCUAACAGAGUUUAUUGAGAAUCUAGAUGCUCUUCAUAGCUUCCUGACGCUUUCUUACAAGGAAAUGAAUGCUCCUUCCUUUCGAGUGGAAAAAACAAAUGAUGGGACCAUGCUCCUUCAUUACUACUCGGACAGAAUAGGUUUAUGUCACAUAGUUCCAGGAAUUAUAGAAUCUGUGGCGAAAGAUUUCUUCAAUAGUGAUGUAACCAUGCGAAUCAUCUAUCAAACUGAGGAGAAGGAACGCACGGGAAAGAGAGAACACGUCAUCUUUGAAGUUCUCCAGAAGUUGGAGGGCCAAAAAAGAAGCAUUAAACCAAAGAAGAAUUCGGUAAAUAAAGCACAAGAGAUCAGGGAGAGUCAGAGAGAAGUAAUGCAAUCAAAUGAUACAAAUAAUGUUCUGGUAAAGAAGACUCGCUGGGAUAUCAUCAGAAAUGUUGUUAGGUUUGGAAAAGGAAGUUUGCUAAGUACCUUUCAGCCAGUGUAUCCCAGCAGACUGUGGAUGGAUGAGAAGGCAUUCUGCAAUGAGUUCCCCUUCCAUAUUGUGUUUGACAAACAACUGAAAGUGAAGCAGGCCGGAGUGAACAUACAGAAAUAUGUGCCAGGAAUCCAAACUAUGGACAUCACAUUAGAUGACUAUUUCACUAUAGUCCAUCCUCAAGUUACUUUCACCAUUUCUAACAUUCAGAUGUUUACUAAUAGUCAGUUUGUUCUGAAGACAAAGAAAGAGAUGAUGCCGGAAUCCUGGAAGAAGCAUCCAAUGCUGAAGCUCAGAGGACACAUGAUAUGGAUGGAUUCCAUACAAUGUAUGAUCUACAUAUGUUCUCCGAAGCUGCGCAGUUUGCAGGAAGUAGAAGAGAGGAGCAUGCAUAUAUCUGAUAUAGCCAAACAUGAUGUAACAAGAGACCUCAUUCUUUUGAACCAUCAAAGACUGGCAGAAAUGGAGCUGUCCAACCAGCUGGAGCGAAAGAAGGAAGAGCUGCAUAUAUUGUCUAAAAACCUGGAGAUUGAGAAGAAAAAAACCGAGGCAUUGUUGUAUGCUAUGCUUCCCCAGCAUGUGGCCAACCAGUUAAAGGAAGGCAAAAAGGUCCAAGCAGGAGAGUUUCAGACGUGUACAAUACUUUUCAGUGAUGUGGUGACAUUCACGAACAUAUGUUCUGCUUGUGAGCCCAUCCAAAUAGUCAACAUGCUGAAUGCAAUGUAUUCAAGAUUUGAUCGCCUGACAAGUGUGCAUGAUGUCUACAAGGUUGAGACCAUUGGCGAUGCUUACAUGGUGGUUGGAGGAGUACCAGUUCCUGUUGAAACUCAUGUGCAAAAAGUGGCCAACUUUGCCCUGGGCAUGAGAUUAGCAGCAAAAGAAGUUAUAAGCCCUGUAUCUGGAGACCCUAUUCAGAUCAGGGUUGGGAUCCACACUGGGCCUGUGUUAGCUGGAGUUGUUGGAGAUAAGAUGCCACGGUACUGCUUGUUUGGAGACACGGUGAAUACAGCUUCCAGGAUGGAAAGCCACGGGGUUCCAGAUAAAAUUCACCUCAGUCCAACAAGUUUCAAUGCCCUGAAACAUCUAAACUUUGAAAUUGUGGAAAGAGGAGUCAUUGAAGUAAAAGGCAAAGGUAAAAUGAGGACAUAUUUCUUGUUAAAGAAUUUGCAGUUAUCAGAAGAGGAAAUUAUGGGAAAGCAAAAUCAUCAGGACCCAGAGCCAAAUCCUAAGUGCACUAUAGACUCAACUGAAUUGGGAAAUUCUGAGGCUUGUACUGAAACUGAAUCGGUAGAGAAAGGGGAAACAGAAGAGAAGAGAGGUGAUCUGCAUGGGACAGAGUCCAUGUCCAAGACGUGUCGUCUACUGUAGAUUACCCAAGAGACUUUAUAAAAACAUGUCCAAAAGAAUGAACAACGUAAAUAAAACAGAACACAAACAUGAAAAGUCAACAGCUGUUGAGAACUCGGCAAGUUUAGGAACUACCACACUAAGCCUCAAAUUCUCAAGAUUGCAGGGUUUCCGAAAAGUCUGACCUCACUGAUCAGAAAGUGAUGGUAUCUGUAGCCUAACCUUAGGUUUUCUAAAGUAGGCGUUUUUGUAGGCUUGGCCCCUUUGGAUUGGUUUUAUCUUUUUUUUUAAAGGAAACUGACAGAUGGACCACCCCCCACUAACAGGUGGUUAGUAUCGGUGAUCCUGAGUAAAACCAUGUAUUCCUUACCCC